AGUUAAGAAGAAGCUCAUUUAGUUUCCCCAAAAGUUAAAGAAAACAGAGCCUAUCGUUGGUAUCUUGGGUGUUUUUGGAUUGUGGCUUUGUGUGAAGUGUUUUUAUUAUAUGUAACAAUGGAGAGCUGGAAGAAUCACGUGAGAGAUCGACUUUUUCACAGAGACGAUAAAGAAAAACUUCCAUUUGUUGGCGUUUUCACUAAAUUGUCUCAAUUGGAGGAAAAACUUGAAAUACGCAAACAGAUUUUGGAGGAUAUUCAGGGGAAAAGUUUGGAUAUAGCAGUGGAAUCUGGAAUAAAUGGCAAACUCUUUCAACUUCAGCUGAGAGAAAGUGAACACCUGGCAGACAAGCUAUCUCAAACUGUCUCUGACAUGACCUCAGUCUUGUAUGUGAAAGAAGCUGAGCUACAAUACUGGCGCUCACGUGUGUCCCAGUACCACCAAGAGGCACUCAAUCUGGCUAAAGCGAAAAAAUAUUUAAAGGCAACCCUUAUAGAGUUGGAGUUCACCGUGGAGUGUCAGUCCAAAGAGCUGACAGCCCUGAGAUGGGAGCAGACCCAACUAAAGGAGGCUUUGGAGCAGGCUCAGAGAGACAACGAGCAACUUGUGCAGCGAUGGAUGGAGGAAAAGAGUGCAGAAGCAGAACGACUUAAUAAACACAACGACAUAUCAGAAAAGUGGCAACAUCUGAGCAAACGGCUGAAGAAGCAUUUCCGCCAGGAAAGGGAAUCACAGUUUACUCCCUUAUUUACAGAGACUAUGGAUGGUGCAAAAGGAACGUCUCUGUCAGUCAAUCAGAGAGUCUGUAACGCUACAGAGGAUGUUCAGAUAAAAACAGCUUCGCUGCGUCAGAAAAAGUCUGGUAUCGCCCUGGGAUCUUAAACAUCCUUGUAUUCACAUUUAUUGAUUUGUUCUUGUUGAAAGGAAACCAAAUGUUGACAAAAUGAUCUUUAUUAUUUUAUUUUAUUUUAUAUUGUGUUAAAAUAAUAACCAUGAGCUAUAAAAUUGAUUUCUUAAUCCAAAUAUGUUGUAGAAUUACAUUAUGGAUGAAUAAUCAACCUGUCAUUUGGAUCAUCUGGC